GUAGCGUGUGAGGGCGGGCGAGGGUGAGGGAGACUUGAAUUGGCCGCAAUUGUUGCCGUCCUUCGAAGCUGCGAAAUGUCGCCCUCGAACUGACCCAUUCACGCUGUGCCACCACCACACCACACGGAUUCCGCUUCUUCCAGCACACUACGGGACUCGCGCGGAUUGGUCACCUGCUGGCGCAAUUUCCAUACCGGUCUAUGUGUUUGUGCUUGGGGGUGUUGCAGACAUAUGUCUCUCAUUCUCUCAGUCUUCAAUUUCCACCACGACGGCGGCGACCACGACGACGUUCUUAUUGUCCUUGAAAGCCCUUUGUGCUGAACUGCAGUUUGUGAGGAAACGCUCGCUUGGGUCUUGUAGUUGUUCUUGCAGGUUGUUGUGUUCUUUGCUACAUAGUUUGGACUGGUUGUAGUUUGUGGGUCUUUGCGCACGGCGAGGUUUUUCGUCGGUUUGGAUCCGUCGAGUUGUGAGAGGCGUGAAUUUCUGAACGGGUAGUUCCUUGGAUUAUUAAUUUUUAAGUUUACUCGAAGAGUACUGAGCACAGUUGAAAGAAACAAUGUCUACGAUUACGGUACCGCCGUAUCUUUCUAUGUCGGACGAUGUUCAUGCUCUUCAUCGAGCAUUUAGAGGGUUUGGCUGUGACGAGAAGAGGGUUAUUCAGAUUCUUGCUCACAGAACUCAACCUCAGCGUGAUGCUAUAGCUGAUGCAUACCAACGUCAAUAUGGAGAAAGCAUUCAUAAACGCUUGAAAAGUGAACUUCACGGAAAACUUGAGAAAGCGGUGCUUUUAUGGAUGAUGACCCCUGCACAACGGGAUGCAACAUUGGUGAACGAGUCAAUGAAUGGGCUGGGUACUACAGAUCACGCUUUGGUUGGCAUUAUCUGCACACGGACACCAUCGCAGCACUAUGCAAUUAGUCAAGCUUAUAAUGCGAUGUUCCGCCACACGUUAGAGCGUAAAAUUGAUGGCGAUACUUCGGGAAACUAUAGAAAGCUCUUGUUAGCACUUUUAAGAGGAAAUCGCUCCGAAACACUUGCUGUGGACCCCAACUUUGCCUUAGCGGAUGCACACGCCUUAUACCAGGCAGGUGAAGCUCGACUGGGUACAGAUGAAGACACUUUCAUUCAUAUUUUGACAACCCGCAGCCCGGCUCAGUUGAAUAUGACGUUGCAAUAUUAUCGACAGAUAUAUGGCCGUGAUUUUGAGAAGUCUAUUAAGAGGGAGACAUCGGGACAUUUUGAAGACGCACUUCUGGCUGUUGUUCAAUGCACUUGUUACCCUGCUCGAUACUUCGCUCAAGAACUGUAUUCAUCAAUGAAAGGCUUGGGCACGAAGGAUCGGGACUUAAUACGAAUUAUUACAACACGAGCUGAGAUUGAUAUGUACUACAUUAAACAGGAGUUUCAAAUCAUGUAUGGGACAACACUUGAAUAUAUGAUCGCGGGUGACACUUCCGGGGAUUACAGAUAUUUCCUUCUCUCGCUCGUUGGAGGGGCGUAAUCUUGUGACAAAGGUUCAAAACACAUGCACAUUCAUGUUUCUUAUCAUAUUGGGUCGAUGAGGUUUUUUCAUUCAAAUGUUUUGAAGGCUUCCGUAGUGAAGUUAGAAUCGAGCUAUCAUCAACACCUAUUUGAGCUGGCUUCCAAGAAGUUCCGAGGAACUUGAGUUGAUUAAAUAGUCACAUGGAAAGCUGGACUAGACUAUCAAGGCUCCAGGCUUCCUCAGGGUUGAUAAAGCCUGCAUCGGCUUGAACACGAAUCGCACCACCAACAGUAAUAUUGGUGUCAAGCUGCAAAGUACAAUUUUAGAUUUUUGUACACGAAGUGUAGAAAGCAGAUACUGAGUUGAGCAGAAGAUGUGAGAUUUCUUAUUCUAAAAAUGAGAAUUACAAUACAGGUAGAUACAGGUGUACAUAUUGUACAUGGUUUUAAGGUCCCUAGUGUUUAAUAGAAGAAGUUUUCAAGGAAAUUUCAUUUUAUUUUUUGAUGACUUAAUAUUUAUCAGACAUGGUUAAUGCUUCCCAUCCCA